AUGCCCAAAGGCCACAUCGACGUUCACCACCACUUCUUUCCUACGGAGCUCGCCAAAAUCAAAGAGAUAAAUUUUGCCGAAAUCGGGUUUCAGUCUCCUAAAGAAAAUUUUCCUUGGACUCCUGAAGUCAGUCUCAAAUUCAUGGACCAAACUGGGAUUGAUACAGCGAUCCUAUCGUUACCUGCACUUGGUUCUGGGACCGUGAGUGAGAAAAAUCGCGCUCUGGCCAGGGAGAGGAACAUGCAGAUGGCUAGGUUUCGCGAUGAACGACCUACACGAUUUGGGUUCUUUGCGACUAUGCCUUUUUUGCAGGAUGUCCAAGGCGCGCUGAUUGAAAUCAAAUAUGCGUUGGACGUACUUCAGGCAGAUGGGGUUGCAAUAUCCUCUUCGUAUGGAGAAGGUUCCGAGGCCAAAUACAUCGGAGACAAACUAUACGAACCUUUCUGGGCCGAACUACAUUCGCGGAAGGCUGUAGUCUUCUUGCACGGAAACCAAACACCCUCUUCUACUCCAUACCCAGAUCCAACUCUGGGGCUUCCGAUAGUUGAGGUCCCUAAUGAAACCUUCAAAGCGGCUUCGCACCUUGUUGUCACCGGUACUAAACGCAAGUAUCCCGAUAUCAAAAUCAUCUUAUCUCAUAUGGGAGGCAGCACGCCUUUCUUGAGCGUUCGGGUUGCUCGAUUGUCACAUUACAUGGGUUGUCCGCUAUCACCUGAAGAAAUUCUUGAGGACUUCAAGUCAUUCUAUUUUGAUACCGCGCUUAGCGCGCAUGAGACAACGCUCACUGCGAUCCAGUCGUUCAUCACUCCCGACCACCUGCUUUUUGGAACAGACUUUCCAGCUGUCAACAGAGAAAUUACUAGCUGGUACACAAAGCACCUUGAGGAUUUUUUCGCCGAUAAUAAGGAUAAGUACGAAGACAUUGCCUACCGUAACGCGCUCAGACUCUUUCCACGACUGCGGACGCAAGAUUGA